GAGAGCCGACUCGGAUUUUGAACGUGCUACAUUCGCUCCAAUCCACCCCCAAACCACCACCACAGAGCCGGAUUUGCUCAUCACACUCCCUCAUGUUGCGGACUUCGCUCAGAUCCGUGAGGGGGCCAGGCGGUAGGCAACUUGCCUCCGUCGCUGGCCGCCAAUGGCAGGCUGCGCCCCCUCUGGCCGUCGGAAGGCGAUUCUAUUCCGACGACAAGAAGCUGGGCUCCCAAGCUCCCCAGCCCGUCGUCCUGCCUACCUCGGAAACCAGGACAGCAGCUUCGAGCACGGCACCCCCGCCAGCCGCCCCAGCCGCCGUCAAGGAGGCCCAGAUCCCGGCUGACAGUGUUCCCUUGACGCCGCCAGAGCCACCCAAGACGACGACGGCAGUUCCUCCUCCUCCGCCACCACCUCGCAAGCGAGGCUUCUUCCGCAGGUUGCGCAACUACAUGUUGACCCUGUCGAUCCUGGGCGCACUCGCCUUUGGCGGCGGCGUGUGGUACUCUCGUGUCAACGACAACUUCCACGACUUCUUCACCGAGUAUGUUCCCUACGGCGAGCAGGCGGUGCUGUACUUGGAGGAGAUGGAUUUCCGCAAGCGGUUCCCAACCAUCGCCUCCAACCAGCGUGGCCCAGGGGCUAGGGACCCCGACGGCAGCGUCAAAAUUCCCGCCCAGAGCGGUGCUUCGUGGCGUGUGGCCGACACGCAGCCGCCUUCGAAGCGUGAGUCGAGCGCUGUCAAUGAUGCCAAGAGCGCUGUGAAGGCCGAGAAGCCCAAGGAGUCGGUCGUCGUGUCGAAGAACCUGGCUGCUGAGCCCAAGCCUGAGCCCGUUGCUGCUCCAGAGACCGCGGAGCCUGUGAAGAAGACCAAGUCCAAGGCUCAGAGGAGAGCUUCCAUCUCCAACGCUACCCCCGUGGCUGAGGAGGCCAUCAUCCCUGGUCAGCUGGCUGCACCGGCCGUGGCAGCUGCAGUGAAUGACUUCAAGCCACCAGAAGUGGACGAGCCCUCGCGCUGGCCUCCUGCAUCUCCCAUUGACCCGCUCGCCGUCCCCGACGCGACCGAGCCUGUGGUUCAGGACUUGGUUCACAUGCUGAAUGACAUCAUCACGGUCAUCAACGCCGACGGCGCCAAUGAGAGAUACGGCUCGACAAUCGGCAAGGCUAAGCAGGAAGCAAACCAGCUUGGCAAGAAGAUCAAGGCCAUGAAGGCUGCGGUUGAGGAGGAGGCUGCCAAGAGGGUUCAGGAGAACAUUGACAGGAUAGAAUCCAACGCAAAUGAACUGAUCCAGCGCAUUGAGUCUCACAUGGCCGCGCAGGAGCAGCGAUGGCGCCAGGAGUUCGAGGAGGAGAUGGUUCGUGUUCACGAGGUGUUCGGCGAGCGUAUCAAGACGAUGACGGAGCGCGAGAGGGAGAUCGCCGAACAGAAGCUGAACAACAGCCUUCUGGAGCAGGCGCUUGAGCUUCAGCGCAAGUUCAAGGAGGAAAUCCAGCAGCGUGUCGAGGCUGAGCGCGAGGGCAGGCUCGGCCAGCUCGAGUCGCUCAGCAACGCCGUCAAGGAGCUCGACAGUCUCACCUCGGGCUGGAGCGAUGCUAUCUGGGAAACCAAGCGCACUCAGCAGCUCCACGUCGCUGUCGAGGCCGUUCGUGCCAGCUUGGACUCCGGCGCGUCCUCGACUGGGUUCGCCGCCCCUCGUCCCUUCAUCAGGGAGCUCGUGGCGCUCAAGGAGAUUGCUGCUGGCGACCCUGUCGUCGACUCGGCCAUUGCCUCCAUCAACCCGUCGGCAUACCAGCACGGAAUCCCCACGCGGGCUGAGCUGAUCGAGCGCUUCCGUCGCGUUGCCGGCGAGGUCCGCAAGGCGGCACUUCUGCCAGCCGAUGCGGGCGUUGCUUCGCAUGCCAGCAGCCUGGUGCUCAGCAAGAUCAUGUUCCGCAAGAAGCCUAGCCACACCAGCACCGCGGCGGACCCAGAUGGUGACGACGUUGAGAGCGUCCUCUCUCGCGCCCAAGCUUUCCUCGAGGAGGGGGACCUGGACAAUGCCGCGAGGGAGGUUAACGGUCUUCAGGGAUGGGCCAAGACAUUGAGUCGGGACUGGCUCGGUGAGGUCAGGAAAGUCUUGGAAGUGCAGCAGGCACUUGAUGUCAUCCAAACCGAGGCUAGAUUACAGAGCUUGAAGGUUGAAUCGUGAUCAACCAAAUCAAAACUAGAUCCUAGAUAACUUGCCCUUUUUUUGCUUUUCAUUUGUUCAUUUAACCGCGGCCAGCAUAUGUAUUAAAUCUUCCGGUAUCUUGUUUUCUUUGCGCCAAACCUUUUGGAAGCAACAAGCUCGUGCCUCGCCGAACUCCGAGGACAGCAUGUCUGCUUCCGCGUGUACGAGCAUCAGGAAAAGCAGGGGGCAGGGAAGCCGGGGAGGAUAGAAGACGAAAGAGACAAAAGGAAUGGAAUGAUAAUAGAGACUUGGUCCUUGAGAGCUUUUGAUCAUUAUUUCAUUCUAAUUGUAUGACAACGUGAGCUUUGUGUGAUAUCCAGCCUACCUGAUUUUCUAUGA